AUGAUUGGAGUGGCUUCGAGUCUGCGAGACAGAGUUCCGUACUUUGUGGAAAGACUCAAAUCCCGCAAAGAUGAAGUACGAGCGGCCGCGGCGAAAGAGCUCGAAAAUCUUGUCAGCUCAGAGCUGCGCUCUCUGCCACCGGAGGAGAUCUCGGCGUUCGUCAAUGACUUCACGCAACACGUUUUCAAGAUGGUCUCUUCACCGGACAACCAUCAGAAACGAGGAGCUAUGCAAGCGAUCAUGGUACUCCUCCAGGUGUCCGACCUCGGCACCAGUCAGUUCUAUUCGAACUACAUCAAGCAGGCGCAGGGCUCGAACGACGUCGACGUCGUCACGUUGGCGGCGAAAGCGCUCGGUAUGCUCGUACAAAACUAUACGAGCAAUGCCGCGAAGCCGUACUACGAAAGUCAGGUCCAGACCUCGCUAGACACCCUCACAUCGCUCGAAGUGGACAAGGAUAUUCUUCUGAACAGCGUACAGGCGAUGAGCGCUGUCCUUGUUUUGAAAGAACUCGCGACAGUAAAUCCCACAUUUUUCUCAAAGUUCCUGGCUCGGUUUUUCGAGACGAUAUUUCUCGCGGUCGAGCACCCCCAACCCGAGCUGAGACAAAAUGCCGUAGAGGCAUUGAGUGCGAUCUUUCGAAUCAUCGUUGUACGAGAACCUAGAGAACGACAAAGGCUUUCAUACUAUGACAGCUGUCUCGAUCGCGUCCUGGAAGCUCUGGCGGAGGCGUCGACCGUUCCGCCGUCGAGCAAAAUCCUCAUCAGGGAAGAUCUCAUCCACGGCAACCUUCUCGUUUUGAAUGAACUUUUCCGUUUCUCGAAUUUGGAAUGGGAACAAAAAUUGAACAAAGUCGAGGACAUCAUCAAAUACAGUCCGGUCAUCCGGGGCAAGGACAAAGACACGCUGACGUUCCGACGGGUAUUCAAAUACACGAAGCGGCCCGUCAAGCAGAUCAGGGCUCUGGCCGCCGUCAGCCGUUUGGAUAGUACACCGACCAAGGAGAGCAAAAUCUGUAAGAGUCUGCUUUCGGAACGAUUCGAUCAAAUUUGCAACCACGUCGUACGGCAGAUGCAGCAGCGGAAUAUGUUCAUUCACAAAGCCCUGUGGGAGCUGCUGCCUCGCAUUGCCGCCUUCGCACCGGACUCGUUCGUUUACCGGAAACACCUCGCGUGUAGCUUGACCUAUCUACAUCAGUGCUUAAAACGUGAGAAAGACCGAGGUAACGCCUUCAUUUCGGUCGGCACGCUCGCGCUGGCCGUCGGAGAGGAACACAUCGGGGACCUUCGUUUUGUUCUGGACGUCAUCAGCGAAAGCCUGCAUUCGAAAAAUCAGAGCGGAAGCAAAAAACGCCACGAUCGAAGCUCCCCGGAGCCGGCGGUUUUCGCGUGUAUUUCCCUCCUCGUCCGAGUGAAAGGCUCCGAGCUCCACGCACAGGUGGCGCAACUGCUCGACGCUAUUCUUCAGUCGCCCCUCACGGGCUAUAUGGCCGGAACACUAAACGAGAUCUGUCAACGGAUUCCGGCCCUGAAAAGCGAAGUGCAGAGAGGUCUCCUCGACGUACUGUCGCGGAUCAUCAUGAAGAGGCCUCUGAGCCAUCCCGGAGACCCGAUGCGGCUCCCGAUUCUCGUCGAGAAUCAACAGGAUCCGGCGGUUAUGGUACAAGCAUUGAAAACCCUCGGUCAGUUCGAUUUCGAGGAUCAUUCGCUGCUGCCAUUCAUCAAAUACGUGGCGAAAAACUGUUUGUGCUCGGACCAAGCCGAGAUCCGUCUUGAAGUUGUCCGGACGUGUUGUCUCAUCCUUUCUCCGAAGCUGUACCAUAUGCGAAGAGCGAACCAAUACAGCCCGACGCUCAUGUGCACCGUCCAGGACGUACUCUCGAAGCUCAUGAGCGCCGCUGUCACCGACUCGGAAUCCGAAGUCCGUCGCAGAGUUUUGGAGUCGCUGACCGACAAGUUCGAUGAGCACCUGGCCCAGGUCGAGCACCUGGACGCUCUUUUCUUGAUUCUCAACGAUGAGGUUUUCGAAAUUCGCGAGCUCGCUCUCAUCAUCAUCGGACGCUUGAGCUCCCUCAACCCCGCCUACGUGAUGCCCCAUUUGCGCAAGGUCCUCGUGCAAAUCCUCACGGCUCUCGAGUACUCGGGCAUGCCUCGGAAGAACGAGGAGUCCGCCAAAAUGCUCGCCCAUCUCCUCUCGAGUGCACCGAAAUUGGUCAAGCCGUACAUGCAGCCUGUGCUGAAGGUUCUCUUGCCGAAAAUCACCGACCAAGAAUCGCAGAAAGUCGGUGUGAUCGUCGCCGUGAUGUUUGCCAUCGGCGAGCAAGCUCAGGUCUCGGGUCCCGAAAUGGAACAGUACCUGGAGGAAUUGAUGCCGGUGGUACUGGACAUGAUGCAGGACCACGUUUCGAUGGAUAAACGAGACACGGCGCUCUGGACUUUGAGUCAAUUGGUCGAGUCGACGGGAUUCGUCGUAAUUCCAUACGAGAAAUACCCAAACCUCCUGGGCAAUUUACUUCACAUUUUGGAAACGGAAAACACGCCGACCGUCAAGCGCGACGUUCUCCGAGCUCUCGGCUUCCUCGGGGCUCUGGAUCCGUUCAAGCACAAACUGAACAUCGGAGCCAUCGAGUCGGAUGUCACAGGAGGAGUUGUUUCGUUCUCGAACGAUAAUGGGACCCUCGAAGCUCCCGGAACUUCACAACACGCAUGCGAGCUUCUGGUGAUGCAUAGCAACAACCUCGACGAGUUUUUCUCCGCUAUGACCAUAACUUCCCUAUCGAAAAUGCUGGGCGAGCAGCAACUAGAGAACUGCUGCUGUGCCAUCGCCCGAUCACUUGGCAACCUAAUCGGUGAAGUCGGCAUGCGCGUACUACCGUAUCUGUCGCAGCUCCUCCCGGCUCUUCUAGCAGUGAUCCCUCGGAAGUGUUCGCAUAGUUUAGCGGCGAAGCUCGCUCCAAUUAUAAAAAUGACCGAAGUUGUGGGGAAGCAUAUAUCGACGUAUCUUGACGAAAUUCUCAAGUGUACGCGGGAGCUGUGGGAAGUGAAUUCUCCGAUGGAUCCUGGAGUCAUGGAUCUCGUACAAACUCUAGUCAGAGCUUUGGGAGCUGAUUUCAAAGUAUACAUCCCGAGGUUGUUGCCGCACGCUCUGAAAGUGCUCUCAAAUGACGCCAGUCCCGACGACGUGACCCAGAAGCUACUGGACACGUUUGUUGUUCUGGGUUGCACCUUGGAAGAAUAUCUGCACUUGCUGAUACCACCCUUGGUACGUCUCUUCGAGAAACCCGGAGACAAUGAAGCAUUCAGACGCAACGUAAUCCAGACCGUGGAUCGACUUGCGGAUGAACUCGACGUCAGUCAGUUCAGCUCAAUGAUUGUUCACGGCCUGAUUCGCACUAUCGACAGUUCCUGCGGUGAAGAGCUUAAAGACCAAGCUGUACAACUCAUGAUCAUGAUGGUUUGCCAAUUACGGAAGAAAUUUAGGAUUUUCAAGGAGCCUGUUGAUGAAGUACUUCGUCGCAGUUUUCCACAGGGCCAUAAGAAAGUCGAUGUUUAUCACGCCAUGUGUCAUAAGGUCCUAGAGGAGAGCUCACUGGCGGACGACGAAACAGGAAUUAUUCCUCAUCGUCAGCGACAGCUGCGAGAACAGUCGAUGGAGAAAAGCUCAACCGUAUCCCACAAACAACGGGUCGGGGAUGAGUUCAUUGUAACAUUAACGACAAAUUUCGACAAGCAUGUUCUCAACGAGGACUGGCUCACGUGGUUUGACAGCGUGCAACUGGUCACGCUUUCUCAGGCGGCCGACAGGGCCGUGCGCUGGUGUUCUACUGUGACCACACACGUCUCUCCUAUUCACAGAGAGCUCUUCAACACGGCCUUCCUCUCGUGCUGGUUGGAACUGACCCGAGAACAGAGGGUGCAAGUGACGGACGCCCUCCACGAGGUGUUGAAGAUUCAAGAAGUUCCUGAGGUCACGCACGCGAUUCUCAAUCUGAACGAUUUCAUUGAGCACAACGAACAGACCUUCUUGGAUGUGAACAUACUCGCCAGGAAAGCUUUUGAGACCAGAGCGUAUGCGAAAGCCCUGCGCUACCGUGAGCAGCAGUUCGUCGCCGGUAAAGGCAGCGAGCCCGAGGUGUUGGAGUCGCUCAUCAUGAUUAACAACAAACUGCAGCAGCCUGAGGGCGCUGCCGGAGUUUUGGAAUAUGCCAAAAAAGUACACAGACAAAUCCAAGUGCGCGGUGGCUGGUACGAGAAGCUACACGAUUGGAACGCUGCCCUGGUGGCCUACAGAGAAGCACAAGUACAGAACCCUGAAAGUACAGAACCCGUCCUCGGUCAAAUGAGAUGCUUGGAAGUACUCGCCGAAUGGGAGCAACUCUACAAAGUCGCGAGCGCGGAAUGGGAAAAGUCAUCGGUGGAAACCCAAGCUAAAAUGGCUCGCAUGGCUUCCGCCGCAGCGUGGGGUCUUCAGAAUUGGGACGAUAUGAGAAAGUAUUCGAGCGCUCUGCCGAAAAACGGUCUCGACUACGCCUUCCACCAGGCGGUUCUAGCCGUACACGAGGACAACUACUCGGAAGCUUACGUGAAUGUGGACAAAGCUCGCGAUCUCCUAGAGACUGACUUGAGUGCUUUGUGGAAGGAGAGUUAUCCGAGAGCCUAUCCGGCCAUGGUGCAGGCUCAGAUGCUCGCGGAACUCGAAGAAGUCAUUCAAUACAAACUCGUACACGAGCUCAAGGAUUUCAUCAGGAAGAAAUGGUGGGAUCGUCUCAUGGGAUGCCAAGCCGCGGUCGAAGACUGGCAGCGUAUUCUACAGGUCCAUAGUCUCGCUGCGUCUCCUCGGGAUGACCAACGCACAUGGUUGAAAUUCGCCUCAUUGUGCCGGAACGCCGGACGGUUGCAACAAUCCCGACGAGUUCUUUCGACAUUGCUCGAAGUUCCGGAUCCGUCAGCGCACAAUAUCCUCCCGUGUGCGCGCAAGAAGCCCGAAGUAGUAUUCGCAUUCAUGAAACACAUGUGGAGGGAGGCGUCGAUCGCGAAGGACACAGAAGCGAAGAAAAACGUCCUGAACCUCCUGCACAAAUUCAGCCACGAGGACCUCCAACGGAUGGUCAACGAAACCGGGCCCACCGCACCGGGUCAAAGUCUAGAGUAUCGAGAACUCCUGUCGAAGUGCUAUCUUAAAUGCGGUCGCUGGAAGGAGGAUAUCGAAGGGAUCAACGAGGCAUCCCUCCAGGACAUUCUCUAUUAUCUCACAUUGGCGAAAGAUCACAACAAGAAAUGGCACAAAGCGUGGCACGCCUUUGCCUACAUCAACUACGAAGCCAUUCAUCUCCAUCAGCGAUGCCAAAACCAGAAGAAUGAUUUCGGUCCCGGCCAAGGAUAUCAAGUAGCAGAUCCUGAUCGCGGGAUGUCCCUACAGUUGAUGAAGGACUUCACUGUUCCUGCCGUUCGAGGAUUCUUCCGAUCGAUAGCGUUGUCCGACGGUAGCGACGGAUCUUCGUUACAAGACACCUUGCGCCUGUUGACCCUCUGGUUCGACUACGGACAUUGGGAUCCGGUCCUACAGGCAUUGACGGAGGCGAAGAAGAGCGUUCCCAUCGAAACCUGGCUCCAGGUUAUUCCGCAGCUGAUUGCGAGAAUCGACAUGCCGUACCCUAAAGUCGCAGGUCUCAUCCAAGAACUUCUCAUGGACAUCUCGAAGCAUCACCCCCAGGCCCUGAUCUAUCCCUUGACGGUGGCGCACAAGAGUAACGCGUGCACGCGUUCGUUGGCGGCGAACAUUGUUCUCUCAUACAUGAGCGAGCAUUCACCGAAUUUGGUCAAACAAGCGCAACUCGUAUCGAACGAAUUGAUCCGAGUCUCGAUCCUGUGGCAUGAAUUGUGGCACGAAGGUCUAGAGGAAGCUUCGAGAUUAUAUUUCGGGGAGCGGAACGUCCAAGGUAUGCUUGACACCCUCAAGCCACUCCACGACCUCAUGGCUCGCGGUCCAGACACGAGCAAAGAAUCCUCGUUCCAACAGGCAUACGGCUUGGAUCUAGUGCGUGCCAACGAAUGCUGUCAGACCUACAGGAAGAACCACAAUCUGAAAGAACUCGGAACUGCUUGGGAUCUCUACUACAACACUUUCAGACGGAUAUCGAAGCAGCUGCCUCUGCUGACCAGCCUCGAGCUCCAGCAGUGCUCGCCCAAGUUGCUCGAGUGCACGAAUUUAGAACUCGCCGUCCCCGGAACAUACAACCCGAAUCAACCAAUUGUGAAAAUUCAUUCGAUACACUCCACAUUGAAUGUUAUCAGCUCGAAGCAGCGACCACGGAAGCUGUGUAUCCGAGGUUCCAACGGGAGCGAUUUCACUUUCUUGCUGAAGGGUCACGAAGAUCUGCGGCAGGACGAGCGUGUAAUGCAGCUCUUCGGACUCGUCAAUACUCUGCUGAUCAACGAUCCUGAAACCUCUCGGAGGAAUCUAACAAUUCAAAGAUAUUCGGUCAUUCCACUCUCCACCAACUCCGGGCUUAUCGGAUGGGUUCCUAACUGCGACACGCUCCAUACGCUGAUCAAGGAGCAUAGAGAACGCAAAAAGAUCAUGCUCAACCUUGAACAUCGAAUUAUUUUGCGAAUGUCGCCGCAAUACGAUCAUCUUCCCCUAGCUCAGAAGGUUGAAGUUUUCGAGCAUUGCAUCGGAAUGGGUUCAUCCCAUGAUUUGGCAAACCUCCUGUGGUUGAAAAGCCCAACGUCCGAAGAAUGGUUCGAAAGGCGGACAAAUUAUACUCGGAGUCUUGCCGUCAUGUCCAUGGUCGGCUACAUCCUCGGUCUCGGGGAUCGCCAUCCAUCGAAUUUGAUGCUCCGCACUUCGGGGAAGAUUCUCCACAUCGAUUUUGGUGAUUGCUUCGAAGUUGCGAUGACGAGAGAAAAAUUCCCGGAGAAAAUUCCCUUCCGUCUCACCCGAAUGUUGAUACUGGCCAUGGAAGUCACGGGCAUCGAAGGGACCUAUCGAAUCACGUGUGAGAAGGUGCUCAAAGUUCUCAGAAAUCACAAGGAUUCCCUGAUGGCCGUCCUGGAGGCUUUCGUUUACGACCCCCUGUUGAAUUGGCGUUUGGUCGAGGCCAAUCCACCGAAUGCGAAGUCGAAACUCGCAAGUCAACGACCCACGGAUACGAUAAAUCAAGGUGUGCAAUCCGAUACCGAGGGUGCACCGACAUCUUUCGAAGCUGUGUCUCGUGAGGGCACCGCCUUGCAGCCGAAGCAAGAAGUGCUCAAUCGGAAAGCUGUCGCCAUCAUCAAACGUGUCAGAGAUAAAUUAACGGGUUGUGAUUUUGAGAAUAAGACUCCACUGGACGUUCCACAACAAGUCGAACGGCUGAUUCGUCAAGCGACUUCUCCCGAAAACUUAUGUCAAUGCUAUAUCGGUUGGUGCCCCUUCUGGUAGUCGCCUUCGAAGGGUCGGUUUCUCCGAAGCAGAAGACAACCUAUGGUUCCACCAUUUUGAAAUGAAGCUCCUCGCUGGCGUCAAUUGACAAAUCAUGCUGCUAGAGAGCGGUGAUGACGAAGAGCAUUUAGUCGCGCACGGACCGCCACCGGAGGGAGCAACAUAAAAGGACAUUUUGAUGAAAGGGACGACAAUGUUGAAAUAGCCAAAUGAAAUGUUCACUGUUUAUUGUUAAAUAUACGCUCAUUCUGAGACGCUAGCUCGGGGAGGUAUCA